AAGAAGCUAGAAAACAAAAGAAAUGAAACAAUCAGAUUUUGUUAAUAUGAAGUUCUCUCUAGCUCCAACACUUGUUCUUCUUGUCCUCCUCCUCCUUUACCAACACCACUCAUCGCCUUCAAACCUAAACUCAAACGUUCUCUCUUCAAUAUUCGUCGAUGCAACAUUCAUCGUUGCCCCGUCUCCUUCACCGUCUAUGUCCAUGGAGUUUAGUAUCGCCGCCUCAUCAAACUUUACAUUAACUUCGAGUCCUCAAAAUAAAGAAAAGACGAAGAAGAACAGAAUCGAGGAAGGUUUAGCGAAAUCAAGAGCGGCCAUACGUGAAGCCGUGAGGUUGAAGAAGUUUGCAUCGGACAUUAAGGUUGAAGAAACGUUCAUUCCUCGUGGAGCCGUUUACAGAAACGCUUACGCAUUUCAUCAAAGCCAUAUAGAGAUGGAGAAGAGAUUCAAAGUGUGGGUGUACAGAGAAGGAGAGACACCGUUAGUACACAUGGGUCCGAUGAACAACAUAUAUGGCAUUGAAGGCCAAUUCGUGGACGAGAUGGAGAGAGGGAUGAGCCCUUUCGCGGCUAGCCACCCCGAGGAGGCUCACGCCUUCCUGCUCCCCGUCAGCAUUGCCAACGUUGUUCAUUACCUAUACCGCCCGCUAGUUACCUACUCGAGGGAACAACUUCACAAAGUUUUUCUUGACUAUGUCAAUGUCGUGGCUCACAAGUAUCCUUAUUGGAAUAGAAGCCUCGGAGCCGACCAUUUCUUCGUUUCCUGCCAUGAUUGGGCACCAGACGUCUCGGGAUCAAAUCCUGAACAGUUAAAAAACCUGAUAAGAGUUCUCUGCAACGCCAACACAUCAGAAGGUUUCAUUCCCCAACGAGACGUCUCAAUCCCGGAGAUCAACAUCCCCCGAGGCUACCUGGGACCACCUCGGUUAUCCAACUCUUCCGGCCAUGACCGACCCAUCCUUGCGUUCUUUGCAGGUGGCUCACACGGCUAUAUCCGCAAGAUUCUACUGCAGCAUUGGAAAGACAAAGACGAGGAGGUCCAAGUCCACGAGUACUUAGCCAAACGCAAAGAUUACUUCAAGCUCAUGGCCAAGGCAAGGUUUUGUCUCUGUCCUAGUGGCUACGAAGUGGCUAGCCCUCGAGUUGUUGCUGCUAUUAACUUAGGUUGCGUCCCUGUCAUCAUCUCUGAUCACUACUCCUUGCCCUUCUCAGACGUUCUUGACUGGACUAUGUUCACCAUUCAUGUUCCCUCUGAGAAGAUCCCUGAGAUCAAAACCAUACUAAAGAACGUAUCCUGGAGACGCUACAGGGUGCUGCAGAGAAGGGUUUUGCAGGUCCAGAGACAUUUCGUGCUCAACAGACCGUCUCAACCGUUUGACAUGCUUAGAAUGCUUCUUCACUCUGUUUGGUUGAGAAGACUUAACCUGAGGUUGCCUUUGUGAUUCUACAUACUCUGUUUUUUGGGGAAUGAAAAUUGGUAUAGAACAAGAACGUGAACGGUACAUCAUCAAAAGUAGCUACAACAAUAACCAAAAGUUUACAUAUAAUAAAUUACGUAAUACAGAUUUUAAGACUGUUUCUGUAUAA